AUGUCAACCUCAGCAGCAAAAGUGCGGCCGCCUUUCACUCUCAAAGUAGCUCAAACGAAAGAUGAGAUUGAAGCUUGUUAUGAUAUCAGGAUAGAGGUAUUUUCGGUUGAACAGGGAUUCCCAUUGGAUACAGAGAUAGACGAAUACGAUCCCACUUCCAUCCAUUUCCUACUUACCACUCCCAUCCCUUCCCCACCCUCCGAACAGACUCUCAUACCGAGCUUGUCUUCACCGACGGAAGGAGAAGGAGAGACGACGGAAAAACCAAUAGGUACUAUAAGAUAUGUACCCUCUCUAUCGAAAUUGACACGAUUGGCGGUAGACAAGGAGUAUAGGAAUUAUGGGUUGGGAAAAGUAUUGGUAGAUGGGAUGCAUAAGUGGAUCCAAGAUAAUGAAGAUAAAUUGGAAAAAGGAAAAAUUGUACAGAAAGAAGGGGGAAAGAAGACGAUCAAAGUGAAAUGUCAUUCUCAAAUCCCUGCUAUCCCGUUUUACGCAAAGAUGGGAUAUGUAGCUGAAGGGCCGGAAUUUGAUGAAGAAGGUGCACCUCAUCAAUUGAUGGUAUAUGAAGUCGAGAUUUGA